UCUUCCUUUUUCAAUUCCCAAAUUCAACAACCAUGGACGAGUUACCUCCAGAGCUCUUGGUGAAUAUUCUGACUCGACUCAACGAUUCCGAAUCCCUAGCUCGAUGUCGAGUUGCUUCCAAGACAUUGAACUCUCUUUCGCGUCAAGUUCGCACCGUGAAUCUCAUAUGCACCUUGUCCCGGUUCUUAAAAUCGAGGUCCAUCGCCGUCACGCCGUUCAAAGCGAUCUUCAAGAGCCUAAUCGAGAAUUGUUGUAACAUCCGCUCAAUCUCAAUCGGGGUCGAUAAGGCGCUUAGAGGAAUGUCGUUUGACGACUUGAAUGAAGAUGACGCCAAAGAUUUGUACCUGACCGAUGUCGAAUUCGCGCAGGAGUGGUUGCCUAGAGUUGGUGAAGACCUGGAGAUGCUGUCUAUAUCUGAUUUCUGGAUUCAGUCUUGCUGGAGGAAGUCAGAUAUUUUGGCGCUCAUUUCUUCAAACUGUAGUAAGUUAGUCAAACUAGAGGUGAAGAAUGCUUGGCUAUCAGUUGUUGGCCUGACCCAGAUGCCCAGUCUCAGACAUUUGACACUCGAGUUCAUCAGACUCGAUGAUGAGAAUCUAGAGAAGGUCAAUGAUUGUUUCCCUUUUCUUCAAGUGCUAAAUUUGAUUGGCGUGGGAGGAUUGAAGGAACCGAGAAUACAUUUUCUGCACCUUAAUAGUUGUCAUUGGACCUUGUCGAAUGCUCCACUUUCCUUGGCUAUCGUGGCGCCAAACCUCCUUGAACUCAGGCUGAAAUGCAAAAAACCCAAAUCGCUUCUCCUCGAAACACCCAAGUUGGUGAAGUUCCAUUUUUCUAUAGAGGACACCGAAGGUGUAAGUUUUGGGGAGUUUCAAGAUCUGAAUUCUUUAGAGCUCAUUUCUCCCGACAUAUACAGGCUAAUCAGAAACACCCAUUUUGGCAACAAGAUCAGAAUGCUUGCAGUGGACUUAGUCAAGUCUAUAGAAGAAUCAGAAAAGCAAAAACUUGGAUUGGGAACACUCCUCAAAGCAUUCCCUGGAAUCAUUUCUCUAAGUUUGAGUCCAAGAACUUGGUCAGAUAUCGAAACCCAUUUCCAAAGCGAAGGUCUAAUACAUAUGAAGGGAAGCGAUAGCUUGAAACUGAUAACAGCAUGUGUUCAGUCGUCAGAUCAUACUGAAGUUCAUCAAACAGUUUCUUUCAUUAAGUCUAUACUUAAUAACUACAGAGGCUUGACGAACAUGAGACUGAUGAUUCACCAGGACAAAGACCCUAGCGUAAGAACCAAUCUGAUCUCGGCAUGCAUGAUGAGUAACCCGCGAGUGAGAUGGAAAUGGGGAACAUGGGCUGAAGGAGGUGAAGAUAUGUGGUUCUCCGAUAGCGCCUAAGAUCUAAGAUUCAAGUCUGAAACUUGAGCGAUUAUGUAUAUACUUGUAUUGAUGAUGAUGGUAACAAAGAAUUUGAUUUGAUGUGUAGAAGUUUUCCAUAUCUUGUGCUAAAGUUUCUA